AUGUCUGAAACAAACGACACUGUUGAGACUCCCACUGUUGAGACCCCCGCUGUUGAGACUCCCGCUGUUGAGACCCCCGCUGUUGAGACACCCACUAUGGAUGAUAUAAAUGAAAUUGACAGGUUAAAUCUAUCUUUCAAAAAAUUAUUCGACGCUGCUUUUAAAAUUGAAACUUGUUCAGAAUCAAAUGACAUUCGUGUAGUAGCAGCAAUUGAUUUCGGUACCACAUAUUCGGGAUAUGCUUACGCUCAUCUACAAACUAAACCUUUAGAUAUUAUAACCUGUGUUGUAUGGCCAGAAUAUUAUGGUAUAGCAAAAGUACCAACGGUGUUAAAGUACAAUGAAUCUUUUGAAGUUAUAGAUUGGGGUUAUCCUGCAUUGAUUAAUUUAGAUCGAAAAAAUAUCAAUCAAAUGUCCAAUAUGAAACCCGUAGAAUUAUUUAAACUUCAUUUAAGUAAUGAUAAAGACCUGAAAAAUAAGCCUUAUCUCCCUCCCGGACUUGAUUAUAAGAAAGCUAUAAUUGAUUAUUUACGUAAGAUAGGUGAUUCACUUAAAGAGGAAUUGACCCGAUGGCCAAAUAUUGAUUACUUCAAGAAUGUUCGCCUAGUUUUGACUAUUCCUGUAGAAUUCGAUAAUGAUGCUAUAUCUAUUAUGCGUGAUUGUGCAUAUGAAGCUGGCUUGAUGAAAUAUAAGCAUGGUCCUAAUUUAUUAUUUGUACAUGAACCUGAAGCAGCUGCGGUGCAUUGCUUAAAGUCAUCUGGUGAAUUUGAUUUGUCAGUUGGAGAUACUUUCAUGGUAGUAGAUUUAGGCGGUGGUACGGUUGAUAUAACGACAAUGAAAUUGUUAGUAGGAGGCAAAUUAAGUGAAAGAAUUGAGAGUAAAGGUGAUUAUUGUGGUGGAAGUUAUGUAGAUCAAGAAUUUUUAAAUUUUUUAGCAAAAAAAGUUGGUGAAUCAACAAUUAAAAAUUUAAAAGAACAUCAUUACGGACAAAUUCAACGUGUGAUUCAUGUUUUUCGUAAACGAAUUAAACAUCGGUUUACGGGGAAAAGUGAAGAUUUUACUGAUUUUGAAUUGGAUUUGGAAGAUACAUGUCCAAUUAUAAAGGAAUAUGUGACUGGUACCCUAAAGGACGACUUAAUAACCAUAAAAUAUGAUGAUGUAAAAGCUAUGUUUGAUCCCAUUAUUGAUAAAGUUAUCAAAUUAAUUCAUGGACGACUCGAAGCUCUUGAUUUUAAUUGUUCUGCCAUAUUAUUGGUCGGAGGAUUUAGUGAAUCCAAAUAUUUGGUUUCCAAGAUUAGAAAUGUGUUCAGCCUAAUAGUUCCAAAUAUCUCCGUUCCUUCUAAUCCUAUGCUCGCCAUAGUUAAAGGCGCCGUACAAUUUGGGUCUUCACAAAGAAUCAUUGUUGAUCGUAUUUUGAAAUGGACUUAUGGAACCGAUGUUGUAAGAAAAUGGAAGCCUGAUGAUCCUCUAGAUCGAAAAAUUGGUGAACAUAUCAAGAUUUUUAGCAGAUUGGCGAAAAAAGGGGAAAGAGUAGCUGUAGGUGAAAAAGUUGUAAGGAUUUUUUCAACGGCACACGUCUUUCAAUUUUUGAUGGGUCUUGAUUUAUAUGUCACACGUGAUAAAGAUGCAGAAUAUUGUGAUAGUCCAGGUGUAGAAUUACUUGAUACCUUUAAUAUUAAAGUACCUAUUACCGGUGAAGAAAAGCGUGCAAUCAUAUACGUUAUGAAUUUCGGUAUGGUCGAAAUUCAAGUUACCGCUGUCAAUCCUGAAAAUGGAAAGAAGUAUGAGAGA